AUGGAUGAGAAUGUACCGAUUGGUAAUGGCGCCGCUGAGAAGACCGCUCCGGAUGCAGAGCAAGCCCCGGCCAAAGAACGCAAGACCAGAACACUCUUCGUGCGAUCGCUACCCACAACGGCGACGACAGAAUCGUUGACAGAGUACUUCUCGCAGUCCUACCCUCUAAAGCAUGCCACUGUUGUGCUCGAUCCACAGACAAAACAGUCCAAGGGAUACGGAUUUGUUACCUUUACAGACCACGAAGAUGCCCAAUCGGCAGCAAGAGAACUGAACAACUCGGUGUUUGAGGGGAAGAAGAUAAAAAUUGAGCUUGCCGAACCUCGCCAUCGAGAAAUUGACGAAAAGCAAGGGAAGAGUGUUCCAUCUUCUGCUCCGUCAAAGGCAAAGGAGCUCAAGGAGAAGCGAAGGCUGGAAUCAUUACCACCAAAACUUAUAAUACGAAAUCUACCGUGGAGCAUAACCGAACCGCAGCAUCUGGAACUGUUGUUUAGGAGUUAUGGAAAGAUCAAACAUGCCGUCGUGCCAAAAAAAGGUUCGAGGGUUGCUGGAUUUGGAUUUGUGGUUAUGAGAGGAAGGAAAAAUGCAGAACGAGCGAUUGAAGGCGUCAAUGGCAAGGAGGUUGAUGGGCGCACCUUAGCCGUCGACUGGGCGGUGGAGAAGGACGAAUGGGAAAGUAUGAACAAAGCUGCAGGCGAGUCCGAUGGAAAGGAAGAGGCUGGAGACUGUGAAGAGGCUGUUGCGGAGAAUGAGCAUCUUGAUGUGGUCGAUGAUGGAGAGUCAGAUGCUAAUAGUGAGGAUGAAGAAGAUGGGGGAGUUGAACUUGUUAAUGAGGACGAAGAUGAAGAUAUAUCUAUGGGUGAUGCAGAAGAUGACGAGUUGGAAGAGGAGGAAGAAGAUGAUCGAAAUGCUUCAACAAUAUUUAUACGAAAUCUACCCUUCUCUGCUACGGAUGAGACUCUCCACGAACACUUUUCCAAGUUCGGCCCUGUUCGCUACGCUAGGGUUGUGCUUGACCCGGCAACUGAACGGCCAAAGGGUACGGCCUUCGUCUGCUUCUACAAAGCGGAAGAUGCCUCCUCUUGUAUCCGCGAGGCUCCCAGAGACGUGGAUCCGUCUCGAAGCAAAGACCCUAGACAUAAAGCUGCAACGAGACAGAUGCACUCCGUUCUCGAGGACGAGAGCAACGAUCCUACUGGGAAAUAUACCAUGGAUGGCCGUGUCUUACAGGUCUCACAGGCAGUGAGCCGAAAAGAGGCUGGGAGGCUUGAGGAGGAAGGGCAUACGCGCCAGAGAAGAAUGAGAGAAGCCAGUGCCAAACAGCGUCAAAAGCUUGUCAAGAACAAUCCUAUGCUGCACGUCAGUCUUACCCGACUCUCUGUCCGCAACUUGACACGACACAUUGAUUCCAAAGCCCUCAAAGCACUUGCACGUGAGGCCGUGGUCGGUUUUGCAAAGGAUGUCAAGAACGGCCUUCGUAAGCCAAUAUCCUGGGAAGAGUCUCGUCGAAGCGCUGCCUUGAUGAAAGAGGCCGAUUACCUGCGCAAGGCCCAGAAAAAGGGCAUUGUUAAACAGGCAAAAGUUGUUUUCGAGGGCAAGGAUGGCUCGAAGAUGAGCGAAAAGUCUGGUGCGGGCAGGAGUAGGGGCUACGGCUUCAUCGAAUACGCUACCCACAGAAACAGUUUAAUGGGGCUCAGAUGGUUGAACGGCCAUGCCAUUGAGGCGUCUGCGUCUACACCCAAUGCUGACCCGGCGGAUAGAAAGAAGCGUCUCAUUGUGGAAUUUGCCCUUGAAAACGCCCAGGUUGUCAACCGAAGGCGAGAACGAGAAAUGAAUAUCCGAAAAGCUGGUACAGAAGCUAACAGGGAGGAAGGCCCUCAGCGCGGUAUAAAGCGCCGCCGUGAUGAAAAGGAUGAGAAGCAGAGCGAGAGGCCAAGGGCAGGCAAAGGCUCCAAGAGUAAUUCCAAGGGGGCGAAGAAUGGCAAAAGUCCAGCAGGAAAAUGUGAACAGAAAGCUGGAAAGGCCCCAGAGAAGGUCUCGUCCACGGAGAAGAACAAUGACAUUGCUAAGCGGAAUAGAAUCAUUGCUAGAAAGCGGAUGCUAAGAAGGAACAGGAAAUGA